UGUCAAUAAUUAAUAGUAUUUAUAGUAUCUGCUUAAUUAUUGUUUCUGACUAGCUGCUGACACUGAAACUUUGAAUUCCCUCGCAGAUAAUCAUGAAAAAUAUUCUGUGUAACUCAGAAUGAAACACGAUUUCUGACUGCGAGCGAUGUCAACUUCACCUUGAUCUGAAAUGAUUUUAUCUCAUUCCUUGUCACACAAUUUACUAUUUCACAAGAUCUGUAUUUGAAAGUUUAAAUUUCUGGCUCUGUUUGUCUGAAGAAUGGCGCAUGCGUUAAUUUCUAUCAUUUCCUCUUUUUCUCAGUAAAGAACAGAACGACUGCCUUCACUCCAAACAAUGAACUGAUUGUUUUUACAAUGUACGCAUUCAAGCCGCAUGUUUUUACUGAACAUUUUUCAAGCAGUAUUGCGAAACCUAAAGGAAGAAUAAACUCAAAAAUACACUGUGAUGGUAAAAAUGUAUAUAUUUACAAUAACAUGUAUCCAGCUCCGUUGAGCGCUCAAGAUCUAUUAAAUAAUCUUUUUGGAUCAAAUCUUGAAGCUCAUGAGAUCUGGCUGUACAAUUUGGCUGGACAACAAUGGAGAUUAAUGAGAAAUAAUAGUAAUUUACCAGACAAAGAUCAUGUAACCUUUGGUAUCAUUUUUGAAUCAAGUUAUUUAGUUUUUUGGACAAAGGGAGGACGUUCGAAUGACGGACUGUCAAGUCUCAGAUAUCAAUUACAUAUUUGGGAUUUAAAUACCGAAAGUGUACUUGUCCGAGAGACAAGUGGAGACAUUCCUGAUGUACCAACUGGACUCAAUUUAAUUCGUCAUGGAAAAUAUUUUUAUACUGUUGGAAUUGACGCACUUCUUGAAGAAUUUUCCGAUGUAUAUAGAUUAAAUAUAGAAGAUGGUGUAUGGGAAGCUGUUUAUAUCUGUAAAGGACUUGAUGCCAAUGAACCAGUUGGUAGAUCGGAUCAUACUUUAGUUCAUGACAAAAAUAUGAUUUAUAUAUUUGGUGGUGUUAGGACGGAUUCCGAACUUGAAUUUUCUUUGUUCGAAAUUCCGGGAUUUGAUUUAGAAAAAUGCUGCUGGAAAAUAGUGGAGACUCAUGGUGACGAAGAUUAUGUACCGCACUAUCCAGUUUUAAGAUACGAUUUUGCGGUGACGAGUUACACUGACCCAGAUACUGGAGAAAUAAAUGUAAUAAUUUCUGGAGGAAUAGAUUGCGAUCAUGAAAAUGCCCUGAAUGACGUCUGGAGACUGAAUCUCACAAGUUUAAAAUGGACGUGUCUUGAGAAAUAUGGUACCGUCUUACCUGACUAUGUUUAUAGUCAUUCAAUGACCGUUUCUCCUGCUGGAAAAUUAUUCACUUUUGGUGGACAUAUUUCAAUUAAUAUGGAAGAUGAAACUUGUUCUUCCUCUUUACAUUCAACUUGGCUCAGGAUUCCCAAACUCACAGACAUUUGUUUGGAAGCUGUUUUCCAUUACUUUCCAAACUUGAAAUCAAUGACUGACAAAGAAAUUAUGUCCCUCGGCCUUCCAUUGCAGUUACUCAAGUCGCGUAUUCAUUAAUAAAAUACUUAUAAGUAAAUUCAUUGUAUUAAUUUUUCUAUUUAUAACUCACUAGCAUUCAAAAUUAUAACGUUCAUAAGUUUAUUUGAAAGCAAAUUCGUCUUUUUCAAAAUUUACUGUUAUUUUUUUAUAAUAAAAA